AUGAAGCUUUACCUUAUUCGGCAUGCUGAGGCCCUGGACCCUAAACCCUGGCCGGGCAAAUUGGACCCGGACAUCACAAACCACGGAAUGGCUCAGAUUCGGCGCCUCGCGGAUCAUUUUGUCUCGACAUCAGUUCAGUUCAGCACUGUAUUCUCAUCGGACCUCAUUCGCGUUCGUCGUACGGCAGAAGGGAUUUGCAGCCGCCAACCUGCAGCCUCCAAUGGAACACCCGCAGCGCCCAACUUCAUUCCAGGGCUACGAGAAAAAUACCUCAAUACUUUGGUGCCUGGACUCCGGGGCCGAAUCAGGUCUCCGCUUCCGCAUGGUCGCCCUAGCUUGUUCCUUGUUCGUCCAGCAUCAUCUCGUGCAGCCUUGAUCCUGUCCAAGAGCCACGGCCCACUCGCCGUAUUCAUCAUCAUAUCCCACUGGAAGCGUGCAGAGUCCUGCGUCUAUGGAAGCGAUUCGUGCUCGUCCUCAACCGUUAAGCGUAUCACUUCGUUUCUGUACCAUCAUAUCAUUCCUCUGUUUGCCAAUUACGAAACAUCGCGGUACACGAUAACCAUAGAUUGCCACGGAUCUUUCCUCCAGGCGCUGUGGGAGUGUCUCCUUGAUCUAUUCGGCCCUAACCGUGUGUUCAUCCAGCCGGAAAUCCUUCGGCGCUACGACGGCCUGAAAUGUCGCGAGAUGCCAUCGUGGCCAACUUCAGGAUAUUUGGAGUUGUCUAUCCAGCCGCAUCCGGUAAUUUCUCAAUCACCGCAGCAGCCUCAUUCUCUUUCACAGACACCGGAAUUUACAGCGCUUGGUCAAAUGCCCCCAGGCACCACCGCUCAAACCCAGACCUUCGCUGCUACAUGCAACGCCCCCUCUUACAAAUUGAUUUUGCGCGUUCGGAAUAUUGAUCAUAUGGAGCAUCUUCGAGGAUUGUCCUCAUAA